CGCUCUCUCGCUCUCUCGCUGUCUCGGCAGCGACAUCUUGGUUGAUCUGGUCUUUUAUAGCAUGGUUCCUUGAGUUCUUUCUCUUCCGGGAAGUCAUGCCGUUCCAGAGGUUCGUGCAGUCCGGGCGCGUGGCCUACGUGAGCGAUGGGCCUUAUCGCGGCAAACUGGUUACCAUCGUGGACAUCAUCGACCAGAACCGGGUUCUAGCCGAUGGUCCAUCAUCAGGUGUACCUCGCUGUGAGAUGAGACUCAACGAGCUCCAUCUGACAAAGUUUCGUUUACGUUUCCCAUUCUCGGGAUCCACUCGUGUCGUACGUAAAGCAUGGGACACGGCCAAUAUCAACGAGCUGUGGAAGCAGACGAUGUGGGCGAGGAAAGUUGAAGCGAAGAAAAAGCGUACGGAACUCAGCGACUUUGACCGCUUCAAGCUGCGUAAAGCAAGGCAGAUAAGAAAUAAGUUGCGAACGGACGCGUUUUUCAGAUUAAAAAAGAAGACCAAGAAGGUUAAAACUGUCGCUGCAGCAAGCAAGGAUGCGAAAAAAGCUGAGAAGAAGUAACAACAUUCUGAAUUAAAUAUAUAAUUAUUUUAUGAAGGUCUGGUUAUUUAUCAUGUCCCUUUCAUACUACGAGAAAUUAUUAGCAACCUGUUAUUUCAUUAAAACUAGUUCUGUGAACAGUAAGAGAAUUAUAUAUAAUUCUGAUAAAAAAAGAUUAUAGAAAAAAAUGCCAUCGACUAUGAAUGUCUAGUAAACUAUCUUUUCACUAA